GAUUAGUGGUUUUGUGUAAUGCAGAUUAGAGGAGUCAGAUCAAAGAUUGGCAAGAAUGAGUGUCUGCUUUGCUGCGUCGACUUCCUUUUUCAUUUGGUUGAGACCUUAGUCCGUUUCUUCAAUAAAUAUGCUUAUGUCCAGAUUGCAGUUUAUGGUAAAAACUUUAAUCGCUCUGCAAGAGAUGCCUGGGAGUUGUUCCAAUCAACUGGGGUUGAAGCACUUAUUGCCUAUGACUGCUCUGGUGCUGUUAUAUUGAUGGGAACUCUUGUGGGUGGGCUGGUAGCGGGAACUUGUGCAGGAGUUUGGACAAGGAUCAAGCAUCCUGACAGAGUGAUGAUGGUUGGUUCUACUUCCAUGUUGAUGGGAAUGAUCGUGGUCGGACUGGCUACAGUUGUGGUGGAAAGCGCGGUGACAUCCAUAUAUAUCUGUUAUGCCGAAGAUCCUGUGUUAAUACAAAGAUGGGAUGCAGAGUUUUUCAACAAGAUGUCGGAGAUGCUCCACCAGCGAUUACAGCACAGAAGUUCACGGGCAACACAAGUAUUGACUAGCAGAUUCGACAGCCAAAUGCAAGAACCUGCUGCUGUCUGAAUUCCUCACUUUUAGAACAUUCAUGUCUUAGCUCCUUGUCUGCAUGUAUUAGUUUUUUUAUUGUUAAUAGGUCUGUAGAUAGAUAAAAUCCAUUUUGGUCUAUUUCCCAUCUCAAAGGGAAGGGAAAGCCUCAGUUUAAGAUGAUCCCAAAUAGCUUGUCUUUGAUUUGUUUUUGUUUGUUUUAAUUUAAAUUUCUUAGGUUUUAGAGUGAAAGGGAAGUGAACUUUGAAGUUUGUCCUCCAUCUUCACAACCCAUUUUGGGAAAUUGUAUUUGUAUUUAUGACUCAGGUAUAGUCUGUUUCUUUUAAGAUUGAGAUGUUUGAAUGUGAAUAAAUAGUUGAUUAUCAA